GCAUGUCUAUUAUUUCCAUCAAUUAGUUCAAAAAUAACAUUCAUUGAGUACGGAGGCUUAAAACAUAUAAUCUCAAAAGAUGUUGCUAAAAUGUAUUCCCUUACUUUUGCUGGCCCAGAUUUUAAUAGUGGCAGCCAAGCCAACUCAUCCAGAGUUGUCCAAUUCCAAUGAUCCCCAGCAAAGGGAGCUGGAAAGGCAGGCUAAGGAGGAGACAGUCAAUCUCCUGAACUCCCUGUUCCGUUCUCAAAUCGCUUAUUUCACGGAGGUGAAGGCUCAAUUGAAUCCUCGAUUGAAGAGAGCCCAGGAUAUCAAUCUUUAUGUGACGCGCUUAAACCAAGCCAUUGCAGAGAAGGACAUGGACAAAAAGGAUCAAAUGUGGCUGAAUAUUUUUGAUGAGUUCAAGGGCUCCCCAUUACUUCUCAACAGGGAAUCUGAGACAGGUCUUAGCGACAUGCAAUACAAGAUCCUACUGACUGGUCAAAAACUGCAGGAUAUAUCCACAAAAUUCGUAACCGAUGUGGCCGAUUAUUUCUGGAAAAUGACCAAGAUGAGUGGAAAGGUCAUUGAUAAUACCAUCGCAAACGGUAACAAUGCAUAAAUUCCAAUAAAACACUUAUGAACCAA